GGCCCGUGACCCCGCGACGCCGCAAACAAAAUGGCUCUGAUUUUUGCAGACUAGAAAAAGUUGUAUUUUUUGCCAUAUUGCCGAUGCCCCAGUAAGCCAAAAGCCGAUGCAAACGGACCAAGUGAAGAGUGCGCGACUGCAGCGGCGGUGAAGAUGGAAGCUGGUGUCCGGAAUACCCGAGAAGAGACCCGCACAGUGAAAAACCAGCCAGUUGUCUUUUGGCCAAUUGUGGCAUAGGAUACGAAAACUAGUUCUCACGCACACGCACUCACACUCUUAAGACGCGGUUGCAGACGCAAGCUGUCGCACAACAACCUCUUCGCUGGCCAAAAAUGGAGGGCAUGGAUCUGUGGACGUCGAUGUUCUCCACCGACUUCGAGGAGGGAGAGCCGGAGGCGGAACUGACGGACGGCGAGCAAUUCAAUGGCAAUGAUGAUUUUCCUGGCGAUUCGGAGAUCCUAGCAGGCGAUGCCAUUGAUGACCUGCUGGAUGGCGAGGAUGACGAACGGGAGGAGGAGGAGGAGCACUACGGGGAUGCCGGCUCCAAGGGGCCUAAGCCACCCGAUCCCGACGACGAUGCCCUCUUUGACUUCGAAAUGGCACCCAAUGUGAGCCUGGCAGAGCCACAGCAUCCGGUUUUGGCUCCAGCUGGACCAAUGGCCCAUCCAUUGCGUCCCCCCAUGCAGCGCCACUCGUUUCCCGGCCAAGUGGGUCGUCCCAGACUGGGUCCUGGACUCUCUGUGCGGCCCACGACCUCGCAGAUUAAUGCCACCGAUGAGAACGGUGUACUCAUCAACUACGAGCUGGGCGUGGUCUAUAUAUGCCCCGCCUGCGGCGGUGAGUUUCGGCAACAGGACCACUGGAAGCGGCACAUGAACCACAUCCACAAGUACAACACCCUGCGCGGUCUGAACUUCACGCCGCUGGACAAGCUCUAUCAGCGCUGCAGGGAGUGUAACAAGCGUAUCGCCAUGCACAGCCGGGAGAACCUGCUGAAGCACAAGUUCACGCACCUGCCCUUCAGGUGCACCAAGUGCUACCUCUGCAAGCGGGAGUACAAGUACAGGCAAGACCUAAUGGUGCACCUGCGCAUGGUUCAUUGCGACGAAGUGGUGGCCAUGAUGCGGGAGGGCUACAAUGCUGCGGGACGCAAGACACGGGUUCGCGAAUCACGCACCGAGCAGUUGCAGCGGGAGAAGAGUUUCCGAGAGAAUAAUGACUUCGAGGAGGACCUAGAUCACAUCGAGGUGCGGAAUGAGCUGCUCGAGCCGGAUGGCGAUGAGGUUGUGCCCCUGGAGCAGCCUUUGCCCGGGGAGGUUGCCAAGAAAAAAUCGACUAGCAGUCGAGGAGCAGCCGAACUCUGCGAGGACUACAUACACUACAUGUGCCCUGACUGCGGCACCGAGUGCGACACCCACGCCCAGUGGAGCCAGCACAUCGAGUUCGUUCACGACUAUGUCAGCCGGCGGGGACUCAAUUUCCGGAGCGUGGACAUGCAGAUGCAGUGCCUGGAGUGCAAAAAGAUCGUGACCCCCAACACCAUUAAAUCGUUGCGCGCCCACAAAUUCAGCCAUUUGUCGCAGCCCCAGUGGGUGCGCUGUAAACUGUGCUACAAGGGCUACACGGAUCAUCAGGAAGUGAUCAGACAUCUGCUUUUGCAUCAUCAUAUGAACACGCUGAUGACCGAGGAUUCUGAGGAAGACGCUGAAGCUCCGUUGACCAUAAUGGCGGAGGACGAAUGCGGCGAGGAUGGAGGAAACGGCGAGGGAAAUGGCGCUCUCUUGGACGAAGACUCACCCUACUUUGAGGACGCUCCCAGACGCGGCGGUCGCAUCAGCAGCGACGACAUUUUCGAGCCCCACAUCGAUUAUCUCUGUCCGCAGUGCGGCAAGGAGUUCAUUGAGAAGAAGCAUUGGCGCGCCCAUGUGGUUAUGGCCCACAACAUGAACGAUCUGACCAAGCUGAAUUUCGAGAUGAUCAACGAACGGCAGCUGAAGUGCACUGAGUGCGACAAAAUCAUUACCAAUGCUUACGGCAUCCAGAAUGCCCAGCAGCACAGGAUCACGCAUCUUCCAUUCAAGGCGUACGCUAGGUGUCGCAAGUGUCACAAGUCAUACACAGACAGAAAGGGUCUCGUGAAGCAUCUGGCCACCUAUCAUCGCGUUGGGUGCCCACAAAAGCCGGGAGGACCUGGACCACCAGCUCCGAUUUUGACGCCCGCCAAGCAGCCGCGCAAGCAGAUCGUGACUGUAGCCAAUGAAACGUACGAGAUAAUCUACCUGGACGAUGUUGAGCAAGGAAGCAUGGAGGAGGAAAACGACUUUGGCGAACAGAUGCAGGCGGAGGAGGAAGAUUUUCCAAUUGCUCAGCCUUCAUCGCCACCAUCACCAGCCCCACAUAAAAAUAAACAUCGCUACAAGUGCAUACACUGCUCCGCACUCUUUCCCACAACGGCAGCCGUCCGGAAUCACCUCAUCGAUACCCGGUGCAGGAAGGCGGAUCUGAAAAGGCGUCGACAGAAACUGCUGAACGCGCGAGCAACGGACCCAACUUCUUGUCCUACCGUGGAGCAAAGCUACAUCUUCCUGUGCCCCUCUUGCGGCAUGGAGUACAAGACCCAGUACGAGUGGCGUCGUCACAUCAACGAGGUGCAUAACUUUGACAAGCGACAUUACCUAAACAUGCGGCAGUUGGAUAAGUUUAGAUACCAGUGUACCCAGUGCAAUGAUAUUGUGGCCAACUCCAAGCUGAAGGGCUUGCAGGACCAUCACUUCCGCCACCUACCCUACCGGCUGUAUCUAAAGUGCCUGAUCUGCGGCACCUGCUACAAUCACAAGCCGAACAUAGCUGCACAUUUGAGGGCCCGUCACGGCGUCUACGACAGGGAGACGCUGCCGAUGAUCACCAAACCGAAAAAGGAAUAUGGCCGCUACAGUCGGGAGAAGCCCAGACUGCCCACCCCACCACCGGCAGCGCCCUCUCCACCGGGUUGCUCCUCCUCUGUUGCGACCUUGGGGAGCAGUCGUUCCUUGAAACCACAGCCUGGUGGCUUGCCAACCCGACCGGCUGGUCUCAACACGCUGGAGGACAGCAUCUCGUACCACAACGCCGUGGAUUUGGACUUCAUCACAUACUUCUGUCCCAAGUGUAAUCAGAACUUUGACUCCCAUGCCUUCUGGCGCAAACACAUCGUAGAGCAGCACAACUUUAACAGCCGCGAGGGCCUUAAUUUCCGGCAGAUCGAUAACCAUCACUACCUGUGCCUGGAGUGCUACAAGCGGGUGACUGUGACCCACACCAAGGGCGCCAUUGGGCAGCUGCAGUCGCACAAGUUCCGCCACUUGCCGCACCGAUCCUUCAAGUGCUUGACUUGCGACGGCGAGUUUGUGCGAAAGCAAAUGUUCUUCAAGCACCUGAAUCGUGACACCAAUCGAUGUGACAAUCGACCGCACCGCGAAUUGGAUGACGAUGACACGGAGCAGGAGCAGGAGACGCAGCUGCGGUCCAUAUACCACCUGGCGUGUCCGCAGUGCGGAGACAACUUUUCAACCACCAGCAAAAAGCUGUGGCGCGAACACAUCAACGAUUUCCACGGCCUCGGCAAGCUGGACAUUUUGCACAUGGACAAGGUGGGCAAGAACCUUUAUCGAUGCCAGGACUGUGACGAGGAGCUGCAGACAAACCGACCGUGGGUGCUGCAGUUCCAUCGAUUCCAGCACCUGCCCCACCCGGCCUACAUCCGUUGCAAGCUGUGCAAAGAGAGCAGUGAGGCGGGUGCUGCAGCGGCGGGAGAGUUUCACAGCCUUCGUGAGCUGCAGCAGCACCUCCGUAAGCACCAUCCUGUGGUGGGCGAAAACGAGAUGAUAUUACUCCGUGAGCAAAUAGCCAUGGAAGAGAAAGAACAGGAGGGGGCCACGGAACUGGCCACGGGCGGGGAGAACCAAGCUACUCAAGAUUCAGGACCGUAUAUGCCGUUGCCGCCGCAUUUAUUAGACGACGGAGACGACGUGGAAUUCGAGGACCAGUAUCUGCUGGGCUAGGAUCACCUCAUAAGAAUGUUUCGAUUUAUUCGACGAAAGAUCCUAAGGGCAGAAUGUAAUCUUUCGACGGUAGCAAGCAAUUUCGUCUUUAUUAUUAACAUUCAAAACAAUCGUAUUGGAAAAACUUCUACCGAUUCUGUCAAUUGUUCUAAACAUUUUUGUUAAUUUCUUAAUAAGAGUACCCUACGCGUCAUUUUUUUACCGUGUAAUAUUUCUGAAUAUUUUUAUAUUAUUUUAAAUCAAAAUUCUAAUUCUAUGUCAGCAGUUAGGGCAUGUUUGUAAAUUUUAAAUUAGUUUCCCGAAUUCGAUUAGAAAUAUUCAAAGUAGUCAUAAGGCAUUAAUAAGUAAAGAUACAAAAUUAUCACAUUUGUCUACCGUUUUCCAGAAAAAAGUGCCAAAACUCAAAUCGAAUUCUGUUAAAAUUUUGAAAAUGACUUCCUAAUGGUCUUGUCUUAUUGCACUUCUGCCAAAUCGUAUACUGCAUAAUUUUGAAUUGAAUAUUCAAUAUUUUAAAAAGUCCUUCAAUAUAUCUCUUGAUUCGUAAGUCGAUAAUUCUGCAAAAUUGACAGAUUACGUAUUGCCCUUAGAUAAGCCCAUUUUUUUAUAAUACAAAUCGAAAUAACACCUGUACUUCCAAUGGUAGACCGAGACAGAUAGUCCCUCCUAAGGACUUCCCUUUCAUGAGAUUAAGAAAAGUAUUCUUAAAAUUUACCAUAGCCACAGCCUAUUUCCUUAAUUACACUUUAGCUAUAAUUUAUCCGUAGGCUAUCGUUUUAAUUACUAGCCGUAAGUACUCAAGCUAUUUAUUUAACAGCCUAAUAUUGAUUAAAUUUAACUGAUAUUAUCAAAAUUAUAAUAAAAAAUUAUAAAUUUAUUUGUAUGAUUGCA